GCAGCUUUGACUCAUGUCCCCAAAUAUAAUCCAGAUCUACACCAAUGAAAAACCUAAACUUGACUGUUAGCAUUUGCAUUUGUUUCCUCCUUUGAACUAAUUUAUCUUGGUAGAAAACCCCUCCAGCCCUCUAGCUGUAAAUCUUUUUGUGCUAGGAAUCUGCUUCACUUUUGUUGUCAAGGUACAUUCACUUUUACAUUCACUUGAAAAUUUUUCUUUUUGCCUUGCAUUGUUACAAAUCACAAACUAGCACACAUUGCUUGCUUUUUAUCACCAUCUUAUUACAAGUGAGUUUUUUCCUGUUAGCAUUUGGCACCAAUAGUUAUUAAUUUCCACCUCCUUCAAAUAACAGUUGACAUAUUCUGUAUUUUUGUUUCUCUGUACCUUAAUUCUCCUUCACUCUGUGUUACAUUAUGAAAUAGCAUCAGGGUUGUAAAGUAAUCAGGAGUUUGUAAUGUAGCUGUCAGCAUCACAUAAUGAAUUUGCCAGGUCCUGUUGAGGCUCUACGUGUUUGACAGCACAUCUGUAGUAGUUUCAGCACCCUUGCUGGUACUUAUGUUAGUAAAGCCCUAGUAAACAUAGUGAAAUCCUUUACUGCACAACCACUGGGUUGAAAUUUCCUCUGUAGUGUGUAAUCAUUAACACAAAACCAUAAUGCAUUUUCUGGCUAAAGAGUGGAAUGAAUUCCAGGAGAUUUUAUCUCAGUCAUUAGGUCUUUUACAGGCUACUAAACAACUUUUGUCAUGUCUUCUUUGUAUCUCAAGUUUUAUCUGCUAAAAUGGAAUAACUGCUUUCUUUUUUCUGAUCUCUGCCUUGUUUAUUCAGAUAGAAAGCUCAAGAGGCAGAGAGUAUCACUUAUAUCCAUGCAAAACCUUGCACAAAGAAUCCCAAGAUCUCUGUCACAGCAAAUGUGAAUGAGACAGUAUCUGUAAUUUUUUUAUAUUGUACCUGACCCAUAAAGUGUGCUAGACGCUGAUUAAUAAUAAUCUUUAGAAAACUUGUCCUGAAAUGUUAAUCAUGUAGGUAAUCUUCUGGGUCAGUCAAGCUUUAUAUAAAAUACACUGAUGUGCAAGGACAUGAUUCCCUGUAACUCAAACCACUCUAAAUGCAGGCUGCUGCAGUCUUCCUCUUCCCUCCUGCACCAACCAUGUGAGAACAUUGUCCUCCAACUCAGCUCUUCUGUGCACAGCUGGUCUGAUUCAAACACAGCUACCCCAAAUGCUGUUAGAUCAGUUAGGCCAUGGUAGAGAGAUAAGCUUGUAGUUAAAGAACAUGUGUCAUAUUACCUCAUGGAUCUUAUUUAAUCUUAUUUUAGGUGCUGUCACACCAAUAAACAUCUUUCUGGUCAUACAAGGAAGUCUGAUGUCUGAUGUGACAUAAGUCUUGUGGGGAAAAGAUGUCUUUUGUGACAUAACUUUCUGCUUUCUCUCAGUGAAAAAUAUUUCAGCAAAUAAUGACCCUUUCACCUGUAUUUCACUGGAAGCCACCAUCCAAAUACAUAUAAACACUUCAGUGAAAAAUGUUUUAAAUCAACUAUAUCUAUGGUAGACAGGAUGGGACAAAUACAGAUGAAUCACUUUUUCUUCUAAGUUUUAUUGCAGUUAGAAAACAUGUUAAAGAUUCUGUAUUGUUGCAGUUUGAUAUUAUUUAGCAAGUUCUGAGCUAAUUUCUAAAAGUCAAUUAUAAUUUAGGUAAUUUUCUUAAGUUCUGAGUAAUAUCUUCAAAAAUUAGUCAGAAUACAUUGAAAAUUAAUUUUCUGUGUUAAAAAUGUUUGUAUUAUUUGAAAGCAUACUCUUUUGUAUGGUAGAAAAAUAUUUUGUUGAUAAAAAUGUCUAAUAUGUAAGAUUGCUUUGGAUAAUUCCUCUUUUAAUAGUUUUUGUGCUGAAAAUUUUGCUGAGUAAGUAAAAAUAUACACUACAGAGGUACUCUGCUAUUAAAAAAAAGAAAGAAGUCUUUGUGCUAUUUUGUUCUUUUUGAAAUACAUUUCUUUCUUUGCAUCAUAUUAAACCUUGUGAGAAUAUACUUAUGGGAGGUUUCAGAGUGCUAAUCUCAGAGCCUGUUCUUUCCUUACUCUGCCCUACCAAUCCAUCCACAAAAGAAUACUCACUAAUGUUUCCUUCUCUAAAUUUAUUUCCUUUACCUUCUUUUUGUUUGUUUGUUUAUGUAGUAGCAUUCAGGCAUUGGAACAGGCUGCUCAGGGAAGUGGCAGAAUCACCAUACCUGGAAGUUUUCAAAAGGCGUUUGGAUGUGACACUUGGGGAUAUAGUUAAUUGGGGAACAAAGUGUUAAAGGUUUGGUACAAUUAUCCUAGAGAUCUUUUCCAACCUUAAUGACUCCAUGAUUCAUGAAAGGUUGUUCAAUUUUUCUCUCCUGUUCCACCCUACACCUCAAAUUGUGCAGAUGUAGAGAAUAUAUCCCUUGUUAUCAAGCAAAAUUUAUGUAUGUGUUGAAAAUAAAAGUAAAAAAGCAUUCUUCUGUCCCUGAACAACUGUUAAAAACAUUGUCCCUUACAGUGUGUUUUGUCUGCCACUUCACUGGAACAAUUUUAACAACUCAUUUCAGAGCAAGAUUCCUCGAGAGCUCAGAUCUUGUCAGCAGUCUGCUUAUUGCACUUCACUGCACCAACCAGAGAAAUUCAGCACGAAGAACUCAAGCUGAGAUAGAUGUGAACCUGCCCAGUAAAUGGAGAAGAAAAAAAAAAAAAAAAAAGUCAGGACACUUCACACAAGUGGAAAGGGUCUCAUUGUCAGGGUAAGUGGACACCUAUUACUUGCUGCAGAUUUAUUUUAAAGAAAUGUAGGCCAAAUUUUGCCCCCUGGUUACAGGUUUAUUAUACAAUUAUUUUUGUUUCAUGACUCUAGUGGGAACAUAGAGGUGGAAUAGAAGACAGAAUUUGGCCCAAUUACUAUGUACCACUAAUGAAUAUUAUUUUAAGGUGCAGGAUGAAAUCUUGUCUGAACAAAAAUUUGGGGACCCAGAACAGAAAAUGUUCUUUGGCUAUGUAUGGAUGGCUAUGGGGGAAGGGAGGAAGGAGAGUAGGAAGAGUGAAGGCAGAAUUCAAUCUGAGAUGGAAGAUAUCAUAUCAUUAUGUCCCAAUCCCUAGUGAAAGUGAGAGCAUCCCAGUCCAUGCUGGUAUCCAUGCAGCACAUGACAGACCCCAGGGGCCAGAUUAGCACCCUCUUGGGUUACAUGGAAGUGGAAAGGAGGCCACAGGAGAAACGUGCUAGGCCUGGACUUCUAGGUGAAGUAGAUAUUUUGAUGAUACUUACAGAAUAACAUUUCAAAUGGAAGAUGGAUUAGUUGAUGUCUCAGGUAUUUUUUAUUUGGUUUCUAAAGGAAACAAAGUUCAUGCAAUUACACUAUUUGUCUGUCAAUCCCAGAAUAAUAUGUUCUGGGACAUGGCUUAUUUCAACCCAAUAGGACAGAUAAGAGAUGUCUCAAGAUUAAUGAUGUCCCUAACAGGUGGUUGUGCUGUGUGUUAAGGUUUGUUAUGUGUGUGUUUGUUUGUGGGGUUUUGUUGUGUUUGUUUGUGGUUUGGGUUUUUUUUUUCUUUGUUCAUUGCUGUUUUGUUGUUUUUUUUUUAAUCAGAAAUCAUGCAAAGAAGAAAGAGAUCGAGACAGAAGAGUUUGGUUAACAGUUGAUUUCAGAAUGGGAGGGCUAAAGCAGGCAACAUUAUCAGUAUUAGAUGCUGUUUCCAUGUUAUUUCUGAGACCACUGUCUAGGCACUCCGUUAGGCUGCCAGCUGGGACUCCAGAAGAAAAGUGUUGCUCCAGCAGUUGUGCAUGGCAUUUCCCAAAUGAUAGAGAAAGGAGCUAUUUAGAGGUCCCAUUGUGGUCAGAUCUGAGUCCCAGCAAAGAUGCAUUGUGAUCUUUGCACUGGUGUGCUGCUUUGCAAUUCUGGUUGCUCUGAUAUUUUCGGCAGUGGAUAUUAUGGGAGAAGAUGAGGAUGGACUAUCAGAAAAGAACUGUCAAAAUAACUGUCGGGUUGCUCUCGUGGAAAAUAUUCCUGAAGGGAUCAACUAUUCAGACAGUGCACCAUCCCAUUUGUCUCUUUUCCAAGGCUGGAUGAAUUUGCUUAAUAUGGCUGAAAAGUCUGUUGACAUAGUGUCUUCCCAGUGGGACCUCAAUCAUAGUCAUCCAUCAGCAUGCCAGGGUCAGCGUCUUUUUGAGAAAUUGCUUGAACUGGCGUCCCGAAAUAUUGAGAUAAAACUAGUGAGUGAUAAACUGCCCAUGGAAUCAAAGGUAUUAAACGACUUGAAAACAAAGGGUGCUGAAGUGUUGUAUAUGAACAUGUCAGCAUAUAAUGAAGGUCGGCUUCAGUCGUCGUUCUGGAUUGUUGAUAAACAGCACGUGUACAUUGGAAGUGCCAGCCUAGACUGGAGAUCGCUGGGACAGAUGAAGGAACUUGGCGUCAUCGUAUACAACUGUAGCUGCCUGGUCCUGGAUUUACAAAGGAUAUUUGCCCUGUAUAGCUCAUUAAGGUACAAGAACAAAAUACCUCCGAGUUGGUCUAAGAGACUCUAUGGAGUGUACGAUACUCAAAAUAAACUGACACUGCAGCUGAACGAGACAAAAUCAGAAGCUUUUGUGUCGAACUCACCUAAACUCUUCUGCCCCAAGGACAGAGUCCUGGAUAUCGAAGCUAUCUACAGUGUUAUUGACGAUGCCAAACAGUUUGUGUACAUCGCUGUCAUGGACUACUUGCCCAUUGUCAUCGACACCAAUGCUAAACGGUACUGGCCGUAUUUAGAUGGGAAGAUCAGAGAAGCAUUAGUUUUACGAAGUAUUAAAGUGCGACUUCUCAUAAGUUUCUCACGAGACACAGAUCCCCUUACUUUUAACUUUGUUUCAUCUCUGAAAGCUAUUUGCACUGAAGUUCCAAGCUGUAGUUUGAAAGUUAAAUUCUUUGACCUUGAGGAAGAGAGCGCCUGCUUUCUUAAAGAACAGAAGAACACUUCUCUUCCCAAAUUGAAUCGGAACAAAUACAUGGUGACUGAUGGAGCUGCGUAUAUUGGUAAUUUUGAUUGGGUAGGAAAUGCUUUCACGCAGAAUGCUGGAGCUGGCCUUGUUAUCAACCAAGCAGACACGGGGAACAGCACAAGCAUCAUUAAGCAACUCAAGGCUGUUUUUGAAAGGGACUGGUAUUCACAUUAUGCCAAAAGUUUACAACCAACAAAAAUCCCAAACUGCUUUAACCACAAACUCAAUAAAGGAACUUCAAAUAAGACUGCCAUGAGCAAUGUGAAUUAGAAAGACUAUUUUACCAUUUAGUAUGGCAAUGAAGAAUUAUGUUGGGGUGUAGCCUUCUUUCGUAUUUACAGACAAAAGACUUAAAGAAAAAGAAAAAAAAAAAGUUUGGUUUGGGGGGGGUGUUUUUAGGAAAAAGCACACUUAUAUUAAAUCUGUUUAACCUAUAUUCUCUAUAUGAAUUAUUUAAGACUUUCAGAUUUGUUACUUCUGACACUGAAUGUCAUUUUCACUUCCAUGUGAAUUUUAAUGUUCCACGUUUGAAUUUAUCAGCAUGCGUCAAUGUUUCUGUUUUAGGACUUCCCCCAAUUGCCAACCUGGCUAGAACAAACUUUGAGGCAAAUUGAAGAUUCAAGCUAUGAAAUGGCAUUCUAAGAUCAGUUAUUAUUGACAUACAAAUAGAUGGUAGGUUUACUGUAAUAGAAAGUGUAAAGGAAUAAGCAAAGUUUCACCCAUAUAAAUAAUUCCCUUUAAAUAACUACCCUGUCAUAAAAAUAUUUCUGGUUUGGAGCAUUUACUUUGAGUAUCACUAUUCCAUGUCUUCUAACUAGCCUUAAAACACAUUGGAGUGACAGGACUGGUAAUUCAUUCAUCUCCUAACAGUACGAGAAAUUUUUGAGGGGUUGGGGUUGGCUUCAUCAAGUUUUUCCUAUUCCCUAAACUCUCCCAGAGUUUUUAAUCAAAGUACUGUGGAAAGUUCCACAGCACAAAGUUACAAAGUUCCUUUCGAGAGAAUAAUUUCCAAUUACAUGCAUUUCAUCUAACAGUGUAAAUCUCUGGGUUAAUAGCUAAAACCUAGGACUGUUUGUUUUUAUGAUUUUGUAAUCUCAAGAAAAUUUCUUCCCCAAGUUAAAUAUUUAUUACAUGUGAGUCAGCAGAUAUGUGACAACUCAUUAUUAAACCAAUGCACAUCUCAAAAUCAAAUACUACUUUUUAGAAAGACCAAGGGUUAUGCAAAAUCAUGCAAUAAUUGUUGUUAAAUGAUCAUACAGCAGUUUUCUUGAUUUUUUACACCUGAAGAAUUUGCUUUCCUUACUUCUGCUUUAAAAAGAAAUAAAAACAGUGGAGGGACAUUUUUUUGUUAAAAUGUCAUUCAUAUAGGUGAAUACACCUGCAUGGACAGAAAAUUGAUGCCUUCAUUUAGGCCACAGUUUUAGUUGGUGUCAAAAGUGUGCCUCUACAAUCACAACUAAGUUGCACCAAGAAGCAACUGUUCUAUAAAAGUAUGAUUUUGGUCUUUGAAGAAAUACGCCUAGAUGUUUGACAACAGAUUUUUCUCCAGUCAGAGAUGUAAUAGCAUAGUUUCAUAAUAAAAAUGUUUCACUACUAUGCCUCUGCUUCCCUUGAAGAAACACAGCCAUGAAACCAACCUGCAUUCUGCAUUUUGUUAAAUAUUCACAAAACCUUUUCAACAAUGAUGGCUUUUCUUCUCAUCUCCUGAAGGCACACUUCAAAAGCAGAGGGCAAAAAGAGAAAAAACCCAACCAAGUUCCAGUGUAUUAGUUUAAUCUUAAGAAGAAGUUAAAAAACCACCUUGACUUUCAAAACAUAGCUUACACUUUUUAGGUAAAAAAAUCAAAUUUAUUUUACAGUGAGCAUGGCCUAGGAAAUUCUAAUAUAUUAACAUAUGCACAACUUCAGAUUGUCAGCUAGAGAUACCCCACAAGAUUAAUUAUGAGUCCAAAAGGCACACUUUUGACAAAGAAUCUUUGUUUAUUUUGCAAUUGCAAAGAUUUACAUCAUCUUACUGAAAAUAAUGAUAAAUCAAAAAAAUGUAAGAUUGUCAGCUUUUACAGAAAAUAUUUUGCACAGCUCCAAUAGUCACUAACUUUUUCUGAUAUUCAGAUAAAGACAUGCCAUGUAUUAGGCUCACACACACACAUAGAAAAACAUAUAAUCUGACAUACUGAUAAGAAAAAAAUGUUUAAAAAGAAAGUUUCCUGAGUUGCUAUGAGGGAAGAUCUUUGUGAGGAGAAAUUCCUGGAUUUUCUUCCUUUUCUGUUUCAUUUAGAGUAUGUAUAGCAUGUAUGGGAGAGAGAUUCCCAGCACUUAACUUACUUGUUGUGUAUUUUUUGUUUUAAGAAUAGACUAUUAGUCCAGAUUAAUUUCUGGUGAAAAUUUCAGCUGAGUUACACCACCAAUAACUUUAGUCUUGUGAGUCAAAAACCCACAAAAUGACAAAACAAAGAGCUCACCACAUUUUGAAAAGCUGGUUAAGAUAGUUGUACAGUUUCUGAGGUCCCCAUGGAUGGGUGAUCCUAAAGUUUGAGAAAAACUUAAUACCAUGUCCUUACGUAAAACACAAAAUAAUUCAUGCAAACAAAAAAACCAAACCUCUUGUCUGGAGUUGUUAAUUGUAGCACCUAAUGGCAAUAAUAUAUAAUAAUCAAUCAAUGUAGGGGUUUUUUUUCCCUGCUUGCAAAAUGGAUACUGCAAAUGUCUUAGGUGUUUUAAAUGACAUCUCAUUUAAAUAACGGAGGAUCUGAGUGGAACACAAAUUUGUCAGAUGAUAAAGCUAAGCAGUUUACUAAGCAGGAUUUAUUAAUGAAAUCAGACAUCACUGACUGAUUUAGUAUAACAAAUGAACAGUAAAAUAAUUUUAGUGGACAGAUCCUAGGAAAAUGCAGAUCAUGAAUACUAACAAGAUCUGUUAGUUUGCAAAUAUUUUCUUAUUGGCUACAUAAACAGAUUCUUGGUUUUCAAUGACCCCCCCUUAAAGAGCAGAUACAUAAAAGUAUUUUUUUAAGUGGCAGUAUGUUUUGGUUUUAUGAAUGGAAGAAUUUGGGUGAUUUUGAACAACUUGCAAUGUGAAAUACUGGCCAGCCAACCUAUAAAUGGAAUGGCAGACUCAAAUUUCAUUUGGUAUAAAGGAUGGAUCAGUACUGUAAUAACUGCUUAGAAUGGCGGCAGCUCCAAAGUAGUACAUAAGGCCUUGAUCUAUUACAUUAGCCAAAAGACAAAGUGCAUCUCUGGACUUCAGCAAACGGGAAAUUUAAAAUACCAGAUUAUUUUUUGAAACUGUCUAAGGGGAUUAUCACCAAUUAUUUAGCCUGGGCCAGCGCUGUUACUGUUUAACUAGAUUUGUUAAAACAGCCUCAAGUUUGGCUUCAGAUCCUUCUACCACUGUAAUAAAUCGGAAGCAAAUCUAUGACAGCGAUUUCCCACUAGUUUAGCAGGGGUCAGAAUCUAAACUAGUUUCCUCUUGCUUCCAAUCUGCUGAGUAUCACCACUGCACAGGCUAGUUCCUAAUUUACACCGAUUUGCAUUCAGGGGGCUCUCACAGACCUCACAGGCAUAACCCAGAAGAUGCACUUUCUCUAGGCCCUUCUAACUGGCAUUGGUAACUCUGUCAGAUUAAAGGCAAUUUCCUAAACAGAAUGGUUUUAUUCUUAGAGAAUAUCAACUGUAAAUUGUUGUUUGCUGCAAACAUUUACUAGUGCCUUAUUCAUACAAGUUUUUGUUGAACUGUUCCUCACAUGAAGUCCUGCUAAAGGUCCUGUAUCUAGUACUGAGGCAUAGAGCAAACUUCCUAAGUAAGAAGACAUUGUGAUGUUUACAGUUUAGUACCUAAAACUAGAGUCACAAAAAGACAAAAACUGACUGCGAGAUGUUGGUCCAAACCACAAGCACAUCUAAACUGGAGCCUUUUAUCCAAUCCCAGCUCAAGAACUAAAUUUCACAAUUCAGUCCCGGCUUCAUUAUCAAAUAAUCUACAACACUGUUGAAUUAUUCUGUCCUGCCAAGGUAUAAAAUCGGAAUUCCCCCAACAUCUGGCUGCUGUCAAAACCAUAAUGACAGAAAUUCCUGUAAGCAGAGGUUGAAGUCCAAAUAUCACACAGUGGCUGCUUUCCAGAUCUUGCAUGUUAAGUCUCAAGUUGUUUUGGACCAGCUACUUUUUCUGCCUGAAGCAUGAACUAGUACACACAACUACUCUCACCUCCUCUUUGAAGACCAGAAAGGCAUGGAUCGUGUGCUACAGCACAGUGGCUAGAGCUGUACUCUAACAAGAACAGAUUUAGGUUUUACCCAAUAUAGGGCCAGGUGUUCCUCCCAGUAAAUCCAGGCUGUGCUGGUGAUUCAGAAGAGAGCUUGAGAAACAAGUAGCAAAGCCUCCAAAUGAUAUUUUUAAGACCUACCCAAUUAUUUGCUAUACUACCAGCUACCUAAAUUCUACUGCUUUGUUAAGAUUUGCACACAUCAAAACUGAACAAGUAAGUUCUGUUACCUGCCAGUUAAGCCUAAUCUAAAAAAAAUCCAGAAGAUUUAUAGGGUUUUUUGUGACAUGCACUUACUGGAAAGAGUGUAUGCACUCUCAUCAAGACCAUAAAGACAUCAGCUGGCUAUUCCAGUUCUUUAGUCUGAAGUUCUAAAUAUCCCUGUCUCAGAUACUUAUACACUUGACUCCUGAGAAUGGCCUUAUAGAGUGCACUACGUUAUCUUAAAACCUUUCUGGUCUUCAAAAUGAACUCUUCAUUUUUUAAUGCAAGUAUAUUGACUAAUGUUAGUAGGUUUCCAGAUGGUAAUUUCUGGUGCUGUUUUGCUUCCCCUCUUACCCUUUCUCUAUCUACGUCUAUCAUCUAUUCAUGGUUUUCUAGUCAUCAUUACUCCAAUGCAAUCUAUGUAAAGAAACCAGAAUGAAUCCUUGGUGUGUUUCAAAUUCACAGUGGUGCCUCCCAAGUUGAAGGUCCCAGUGAACAUACUCCUCUUCCAACACUGCAAGGUAGAGCAGCUCAACUGACACUGUAGGAAAUUGCUUUUCUUAGCUGUAGUUUUUCACUUUAAUUCCUGCUGGAUGUUAUUUAUGAAUUUCUCAGUAUUGAAUCAGGUUGCUCCUGGAUCAUCACUUUGCACAAAUGCCUUAGAAGCUUGCCAAGCUAGCAUGUAAAAGAGACCUCCUUCAAAAUAGUUUAGACAAGAAAAGAAGAACUCAUGUGCUUUAUGCUCUGAAGGGUGCUGAAGUCAGUGGAUAAACUCCAGUCCUAUAAUAAAGUGGAGCUUUCUAUUGUACCUUCUGUUUAGAUUAACCCUGCAUGGGCUUGCAAGAAAAGUCUGUGAGAAUUGUUUGUUUGAAUUACCUUGUGGUCAGGAAUUUACAGAGAAUCAGAAUGAAGAAUCCAGCUGUAUUGAGUGGUUCAACACAGUAGCUGAAACUGGGUUUUCAUGAAAUCACAUUUAUAUUCCAUAUUCAUAUGAUACGACUGCAUUAAUAUGCUAAUGUCAGGUUUUCCCUAUAGUUCAAAAACGUAGGACAAAAAUCAAGCUACUGCAGCCUAUUUCUGAAAAUGUUGUUAAAAAUAGAUUUUAAGAGCGUAAUUCAAUUCUGGCUACAAAUUAUUCUGCUUUAGUAACGUAGUCAGCUCUAUUUUGUUCACAAGAAAUUCUACACUGCGAUUUUACAGGAAAACUCAAUAACUUUUUAACCCUGUAAAAUACCCGUGAUCAUCCUCCCUUUAAGAACAGAAAGAAGGUUGUUGUGGUUGGUGUCCAAUUCAAGCUACAGAACAUAACAAAACAAUCAAAUGGCUGGCAACUGCAGUAUUCCAGAGGAUUAUUUUGUGUUAUGUUGCAUGGCCACAAACAUGAACAGUAUGAAUUACGUGUAUCACAGUAGUGUUGCAUGAACACAUGGUGGACAUUGAAUCUCAUACAGUAAAAUCCAUCCCUCUUGUAGGAGCAUAAAGUGAGGGUAGAGAGGAAGGGGCAAAAGAACCAGAGGCAAACUAACUUGGAUCAGCUUGAGUUAAUGGACUGAAUUCUGACAUAAAAGCUCUGGACUGCUUUUUUAUUUUGUUCCUUUCUCUGCAAAUUCCUGUGUUUCUUAUGCAUCCUUCUUGCUCAUCAUUAUAUGAAUGAAUUCCCAUGAUUUUUUUCAGAAUGAGGAAGGAACCUUUAACAACUAUGAACUCAUGUUUAACAGAAAGAAAUCAGCAUGAAUAAAAGCCCUUUGAUUCCCGUUUAGCAGUAGUAAAGCAAGUAGUAAAGCACCAUUUGAAAUGAGACUCCUCCUUGGACAUUAGAAGUUUCUAGGGUAAUAUAAGCAAAAAUUGACAACCUAGCACACACCUGCAAAUUUCACAUCACAUGCAGCAUUUGCUUGUGAUUUGCUUGUUCUCUCAAUGUACCAAUGCAGUCAUCAGAGAGAUACCAUUCUGAACUCCUGGUAAACUGGUGAAAACUAAGCACAAGUAUCAGGCAAUCCAACUUGACACACUCAAAUGAGGAAAAGGAAGCCUCCCAGAAGAGCUAACUGUAUAAAACAUACAGGACACUUAGAAGCUAGAAUUAUUUUCAAAUGUAACUUUGAGGGACUUAAUGGGGGUUUUAACAGGGAAGGAAUCUUUCUGUUAAAUUAAAGGCAUGCAGUGUUACAUGUAGUGUCUAAGAAAAAGAGCAUAUAAAAUGUAAAAUAAGCUCUUCAAAUGGGAGUAUGUAGACAAACAUUUUAAUGACUGACCUGCUAACAAAUAUUUUCUAGUGGAUUUGCUUAACGUUCAAUUACUUCACAGUAAUCUCUUAAAUGACUCUGCAGUUAUUCCUUAUUUGUAUUUCUUCAAGUGACACUGUACCCAUAUUCAGUGUUUUACUUGAAACAACAAAAAAGCAGGAUGCUUCUGGGAGUGACAGCUGUUUCUUUCUAAAGAUCAGAGGGCUUCCUCUCAUCUAACUUGUCCUCUUAUUUUCUCCUGCUUCUUCUGCAACCUGGUUCAGGCUUACAUUUGUCAUUGCCUGAGUAGCAGAGAAAAUGAAAUGUUUUUAGUCACCUGCUGUUUCUGAAAACUGCUGGCUGUUCAACAUGUUCUUGUCCUUUGAGAGAUCCCUUGCCUAAUGAGAUACUAAAAGUAUAAUAAAGGAGGCCAAGCACAUAAUUCCAGGUGCCUCACCUGUAAUUCUUUAUCUGGAAAGACACAGAUGCCAAAUCAUGAAAAAGAGAAGGAGGGUGGGGGUGGGGAGAAUGCUUGGCAAGCUUUAAAUGAGAUAGAGGUUCUUCUGGUGAUAUAAAUACCUCCUCUGGUGAAUUUACUUUAUUCUAGAAUAAACCAUUCUUUACCACACAGCCAGAUUUGCAGUGCCUGAAAUGUGUGGCUAACUUCAGCAUGAAAAGGUGAGAGGACAAACACCCCUGGUCUUUCUGAAUUGAACUAAUUUCUUCACUAUGUAAGAGGGGUGGAAGAAGCAGGUGACAUUGCUUCCUCUUCUGAGGGAAUAGGCCAGGUUGCUACUAGAAGUAGUGCUGAUAAGGUUUCUAAAAGAAGCAAAAGAUCUUAUGCAUGACUUCUCUUAAUUCUCACGAGAUGGUGCAUCUCUGUGGGAACUUGGGGCUCACAGCUUUUGUACCAAUUUCUUUGCAGCAAACUGUCAGACUUCUCAGAAGAGCUCCUUUUCCUCCUUCUCACUAUGCUCAAGACAGUUGUGAUGUCUGCUUUUAACAAUCACCAGAUUCUUUCAAGACAUUUCUAGACUAGAAUCUAGAAUUUUCUCUAUGAAAAGGAAAACUUAAGGGCAGGUUCAGUGAGGAAUCCAAAGAACAAAUAUUAAAAUACAUGAGCAAUUCAGGAUCAAAACCACAAGACAUUCUCAUUUUUGCCAACAAAUGAGACUUGGGAAAAUAAAUGAGAGGUUAAUGCAGUACCUCAGAUUAAUGAAACUGGAAUUUAUAAACCAAACCUCUUACUUUUACAGACAGUGCCCACAUCUGAACUGCUGCUCUCAGUAUACAGAGAUGCAGUGAAGAAUCAGAGAACUGCUUUGAUAUGCUGCACAAAGGUUUCAGCAUUCAAAGUCUUAUGUCCAUUUCUCAAUGUACGCAGCUUAAAACAUAGGCUAAAAAAUGGGAUUCUGUCUAUAUUUAUACAGAUCUUACUGCCAAAUAAUCAUUGAAAACCAGUCACUUCUCAUAGCAGUUGUGUCUUCAGGUGUCACCACAGAGAUCUUACUGAACAAGUCUGGAGAAAGGCAGAAAAGCAACAUCUGUGGCAGCAAGUAAGCCAACCAAAAAAAGCUGCAAGCCCAUUUUCCAAGUGCUACUUGAUACAAUAAAAGCACUCAAAUUCCCCCAAACAACACAGAUUCCAAAUGUCCUUGUAUCAGAUUCCAAAUCCAGACUUGAGGCUCCUCACACACACACACACAGACACAGCCUCAAAGGAAAAAUUCGUAUCUUUGCCAGAAGAGCUUGGAACAUCUCUACACAAUUACUUGUUCCACUGCUGUCCUACUCUUAGAUAAGGCUGACAGGAAAUAGUACAGCUUUCUGGAAAGGGCCACAUAUCCUUUACUAGAAAAUGCAAAUAUGCACACAAAGAGACUCGGAACAAUGAGUUACCAAAGUGGGCUCCUGGCUGCAGCACAGAGGGACGUCAGUGUCACCAUUUCUGAUAGCACACACCAAAGCCAUCUACUCACCUUGUCAUUCCCACACUGCAUGUGUGCCAAAGCUCACUUUUUUAAAACACAAAGGGCAGUGCUUCUCUCUGAAUGAAACAUUCCAGAGUAGAUUAUACUUUCUUUUUAAUAGAGAGAACUGCAAUCACUGCCCCACUUUUCUUCCCUUUCCACACUCCAUUUUGCAAAUUAGCAAAUGUUUCCACCAUCUCUGCCUCAUCUGUCUUUUUCCUUUUCAAGCUAUUUCUUGAAUGCUGUUUCUGAAUCCCUUGCUGCUGCUUUGUACACAAGGAUGAAUCCCUGCAACUUGCAUUGUUGGUGCUGUAACAUCCUACAAGGUUACUUCCACUAGCUUUACCUGAACUGCUCAGGAGAAGGAAGUGUGUGCACACAGUGUUUAAAGACACACAAAUUACUAUGUAUGAAGACAAGGGAAGUCAGGGCAAAAGCAGAAUGCAGGCACUACUGGAAAAAUACCUGGACAGGAAAAAGGGUCUAAAUUCAUACUCCUCAAUCUGAUUUCACCUUGGCACACUCAAAACCUGUAUCAGGAUCUAGAGCUCAGUUCUGCAAACCUUGCACAACUAACACAAGCCUUGCCUCCAGGUACUCUGCUUGCUGUGGGCCUGGAGUCACGCUCCAGGUUAACCUGCCAAGCCAGGCAAUAACAAGCGAGUCAAAACCACAGACAGCUUCAAGCCACGUGACCUCAACUUUAUCCUCCGGGUGGCAUUUGGCCUCAGAGGGGGUCUAACCUGGGUACUUGUCAUCUUGGGACAAUUAAGAUGGUCUGAGCUCACCAUCAUAUGUAACGCCACCACCUUCAAAUGGCAAAUGAAGAAAGAAGAUCUCUCUGCAAACAUAUUUUAAAUCUCUAAGUGUGGCUUUGGCACUGCAUUGUAUUUCCCAACACAAUCUAAAAAUACCAGGAGUCCUGUGUAGAGUUUGCAGAGCAAAAAGGGUAUGUACUAUAUGUUUCCUACUAUACCUCUUCUGAUGGAAUAAAUAUCAAAUAGAAAAAUCUGUCUAAACUUAUUUUGAAAACUGCAUGGCCAGCUUAUGCAGUAGCUAGAUACGUGGCAAGGUUACAGUAUUACUCUCUAAGGAGAAUACAAUUAAUAUGCGUAUAUAUUUUGUUCAAUUCAAGCACUGUGUAGUCUCCAAGUUCUGCAGGAGAAGUACGGAUCACUUCUCAUUAUCCUUCCUACUCCAGAACACAGUAUUUAUCACAGGUGUGUACAGUACAGCGGCAUAGCUUAGGCCUGUUAUAUAGGUCAGUAUCUGCAAUGCACAUGAGAACAUAGUUUGCCACUGCAAAGCAGAGUGGCUGUAAAAUCUAUUUUGGAUAAUCCAAUUUAUAUUUGAGGAAAUCAAUGUGUGGUCAUUUCUAGAACUGUGAAUAUAAGGCAACUGCUGCAUGCUUGUAUAUUUGAUAAGUUUUAUUAUACUAUAUCCUUAUAUGAAUGCCUAUGCAGUGGAAAUGCUUUAAUAUAAGAUACUGAAUGUUUUUUUUACACAUUAUUUUCUAAACAGCGUUACAUUUUACUGCAUGUUUAUUCAUUUUUUUGUGUUGGUACAGAGUGCAAGCUGCAAGACACAUGACUUUAAUAACUUGCACAGCAGCUAUUCAAAUCCAUCAUAAAAAACAUGUUCUUAUGUAAAGACUUAAUUUGGCAAGAAAUGUGCUUCCUUUAGACAAUGGGCUUGGUUCACAGCAAUACCUGUGUACUUAAUGUUUAUUAAAAAACAUCCCAACAUUUAUCCCUUGAUAAAAAGGGGCCAUUGACUGCUGCAAACCACUGUGUUGGUAUGCUUUGGUACCUUUGAAAAUGUAAAUCCGCAUUUACUAGGAAAACAGAUGACCUGUCCUGAUGCAAGCUGUGGUUGAAAAAGCCCAAUCCUGAGCAGCCAUUGUGGUUGGUCCUGCAGGAUGACAAUGUAGCAAUCUUUUUUUUCUUUAAACAAUACUUACUUAUGACCUUAAUACAAUGAGUUCGUGUUACUUGAUUGUGAACUGGGCCCACUGUUUACGGUAUUACAAUUCAUAACCAAAGUUAAAUGCAAUUAACAAAAUUUAUAAAAUUCAUUUGUUUGGAAGAAAAGAAGAAAAGAGAUUGAUUUUGCUGAUGUUUUGGAGAACUGGCUUGCUAUAGAGUGUUGCUUCUGUAUCAAUGCAUUUUAAAUGUAAAGAAAUCACUGACUGAAAGACUGAUGGCUAAGACAGCAUUGUCAGUGGUAAUAUACUGCUGGAAACUAAGUUACCAAUGAUAUAACAUCAAUCAAGGUAGUAAUGGAUUAAUUUAAAGAUAUGUAAAUAUUGAUUUUAAUGCUGCAGCAUCAUAGAGAUCAUUUUUCACUGCUUUGAUAUCCAAGGUUUCCUAGUACUACAAAAAUGUAUUUUACUGGCUCCAUUUUUUAGUUUCGAUACUUUCAUUCAAAACAAACUCCCAUUUCUUUGU